AUGUCGUCGGGUCAGAGGUUAUCGAGGCAGCAGAAAGGGAAGGCAGUCGCAGCGGCGUCGAAUACGGCAAGAAAUCCUGACGGGGAUCGUGUCGGAGAUCCAGAAGCGAUUCACCGUGGGGCGAUGAUGGAUACAGCGAACCUAUCCCGUUCUCAGAGGCUCCUGGUCGCGGAUGCCGCGAGACUCGCGAGGGAAGGGAGUGAGAACGUCGUUGCGAGAGAUGCGACGGAAUGUGCGAGAGACGGGCAGAGCGGGGCGAUGCCUGUUGAGUCGAUCACCUUGAGGGCUCGACCUGUGGAGGGCGGUUCCUCGGAAAGUGUCGAUUCUGAAGCCGAACUAUUCCCGACUAUUUUCUACCCUGACGGGAUUUUCGAAGAGCUUCCUCAACUUCAUACCGACUUAUUACGUUCCGCCUUCUUAGCCGGUCAGGACUGGGAAGGCGUAGAGAAGACAAAGUUGACUUCGAGAAGCGUGAAGAGGGUUCUUCGGGCAGCUGGCGCAGUGGGCGUGACCUUCCUAGUGCCUACGGAGACGCAGAGGCCUUGGUCUCCUCCGAUUGGGUACCAGACAGUGUAUGAAUCCUACUUUCAGGGAGACACUCGCUGCUGGUUCCCCAUCCCGCGACUGAUUACUGCAUACGCCAGGCGCCGAGAUCUCGCGAUUAGUCAACUGCUGAAUGGCUCGCUGCGACUAGCGGUUACUUUGUCGGUUUUGGCGGAGCAGAUCGAUAUGCCGAUGAGCGUCAGAUCGUUCGAGGAGAUGACUUCAAUAACCGAUAUGAAGGAUGGCACCUACUCGGUGAAGAUGCGACUGAAAUGCAAUGUAUGCGCCGGUCAUCCGAAUAAGACGCAGAACUGGCAACGUUCCUACUUCUUCCUCAAGUCCGACAGUUCGGCCUUCGAGAAACCUCCCCGAAAUGAUUAUCGAGUUCUUUGGAACCGUUCUUGCGUCGGCCAUCCUACUUCUCCCGUUUAUCCCGAAGAUUUCUUGAGGAGCGUUCGUGCCGUCGCUCUGCUUCGAGUCUAUCGCUGGUCCGAGAUCACCGUCAAGAAGAUCCACGAGCUCAAAGAUCGAAUCGCUCGAAGAGAGUGGAGAUCCGACCUUCCGACCGUUCUUCCUAUUCGCGCUAAGCGACUAGACAUCUUCCCGAGAGACAUUCAGAAACAAAUUUCCGAGGCGAAGAAGAUGGGCACUCUUCCUGAUCUGAGCGCAAUGAUAGCGGCCCAGCUGGGGCUGGUCAGCGGGGAAGGUCCUUCGACGGCGGUUCCUCGUGCUGGCGAGGUUCCCCCUUCCGAAGCCAGAGGCGCGGGGAAGGGCAGAAAAAGAAAGAGAGGUGACGGCUCGGGAGCUGAGAGGAGUACCGAGGAGGCGAGUGAUGUCCCUCCUUCUGGUGAACCUCAGAAGAAGAAAAAGAAGAAGAGGACAAAGAAGAAGUCCGUUAGCGAGGAGUCGGGGAAUCUCGAGGGACCGACCGAAACUGAGGGGGGAGACGUCGAGGAAGAAGGACUUCAUCCCGAGGAGGAGGCUCUCGCAGCUGGGGCCCUUGGAGAAGAAGACGACGAGGAGGAGGCCGUCGACGGGCAGGAGCCCGAGGCUUCUCUCGGAGAUGCGGGCUCAGAUAACCUUGAAGAGGAAUCUGAGGGGUCGCCGCUUCUGAUAAGAAGGCGUGACGACGAGGCAGAUGGCGAGGAGCAAUUUCCUGCUCCGAUAUCCCCUUAUGUAGAGGUUCCGGCCCGUCCCAGUAUCGGGGCCGUCCAGACUGGUACCUCUUCUCGUGGUGAUGCCAUCUUGAGGAGGGUGCCCGGAGUUAGCUUUCCUGACAAAGUCGACUUCCACUACGAGGGGCCGGCUCCAUUGGCGUACGUUCCAGAGAAAUGCGGGGAGCUCCUUCGUCAGUUUAGGGGAAGGGCGAAACCUUUGCCCGCCGUGAAGGACCUUAUCUUCGGGGGAGAGUACGAGGAAGCCGCGAGGGCCAAAUUGCUGGGGGACAGCGCGAUGAAUGUCUUGAUUGACAAGUACGACACUGCGCUGAAGGGAGCUUUGGGUGAACUAGAGCUGGCUAAGAAGGAGUUUGCUGAGAAGGAGGAGGUCCUUGCUCGCCAGCUAAGCGAGAAAAGGAGCAAUCUCGAGAAGCUCAAUGGUAUGAUGAGUCGCACCAUAACUCGGAGAGACGAGCUGAAGGCUGAAUUGGAGGCGUCCCGAGGUGUCGUCCGUGAGCUUGAACAGAAGAAUGCUGAUCUCGAGAGCGAGAAGGUCUCACUUACUGCGGCUCAUGAAAGGGAGAUGAAACGCCUUAGAGACUCCAGGAUCCUAGAAGUCACUAAGGAAAGGGUAAGAGUCGAGACCGAGAUGGCCGCGAAGGCUAACCGUCGUUUCGCGAGGAUUCGUUCCCGAGAAGAGCGACGAGGCCUCUAUGAUGAAGCUCGGAAAUGUCUCGAAGCCUUGAGGAGGGCUGGGAGCGACAUCUCGCAAGCUACCAUUGAGAUUUUCGCGGAGCAAGAGAGGAAAUACGAGCAAGAGGCCGAGAAGCUCAAAGUGGGCGAGAUUCCCGCGGGAGAUCUCGCACUCUCUCCUCUCGUGCUGGACUCUCAGUUCGUGGAUGCUCGAAUCUUGGCGAGUCUCGACCCGUAUGGGUCCAACGCUGGCUUGAUCGAUCCCGAGACCGCGCUGACUCUUCACACUCCGCUCACUCAUUCGACGGAAGGAGAGACGCCUAACCGAGGGAACCUUGCUGCUGAAGAUAACGCCCCCCUGCUCGUACUUUCGGACACUUCGGCUGAAGGGUCCCGUCGAGGCAAUGAAGAAGAGAAUGUGGGGGUGUUUGAAGAGAUCCCGAGAUCAGAUGAAAUGCACGUCUCUCCGGCUGCUCGUGAGUCGAGUGUUAGGGCUUCGGAGCUUUCUGCCCUCAACGAUCGUGAGAGCGACCGAGAGGAUUAG